GUGGUUGUGAGGAGGGAGGCGGAGGCAGAGCCACCAAGCAGAAGCGACGACGAGGGGAAGCCGAGCGACCACCCCCCUCCGAGCCGCCGCUGCCGCCGCCGCGCCCCGUUGGGGGGUGGGGAGGGACCCGCGCCAUGGCCGGACGCCGCCGACGCCGCCGGCUGUCGAUCUGAAAUAGCAGAACACCUGAACAGCACCUGAAAUUUAUUGGAAAAAAGAUUCUAUUGGUAGCUGAUCUUCACAUAAUAUACAGCGCUACAGAGUAUUGAAAGCAAGGGCGAGAACCUUGCCUCUUGACCUGGCUCUGCCAUGGAUGAAGAGACUCAACACAGCCUUGAAUGCAUCCAAGCUAAUCAGAUCUUCCCCAGGAAGCAGCUGAUCCGUGAAGAUGAAAAUCUCCAGGUCCCUUUCCCUGAACUUCAUGGCGAGAGCACAGAGUAUGUAGGCCGAGCGGAGGAUGCCAUCAUUGCUCUGUCCAACUACAGACUUCACAUCAAAUUUAAGGAAUCGAUCGUGAAUAAUGUCUAUAAAUGUGCUGCUUGUGAGAUCUCAGUUCCGUUGCAGCUUAUAGAAAGUGUUGAAUGCCGAGAUAUAUUUCAGCUUCACUUGACUUGUAAAGACUGCAAAGUUAUCAGGUGUCAGUUCUCUACCUUUGAGCAGUGUCAAGAGUGGCUGAAGCGGCUGAACAAUGCCAUCCGCCCACCUUCGAAGAUCGAGGACCUCUUUUCAUUUGCUUACCAUGCCUGGUGUAUGGAGGUGUACGCGAGUGAAAAGGAACAGCACGGCGAUUUGUGCCGGCCAGGAGAGCAUGUGACGUCAAGGUUUAAAAAUGAGGUUGAGCGGAUGGGUUUUGAUAUGAACAACGCCUGGAGGAUCUCCAAUAUCAACGAGAAGUACAAGCUCUGCAGUAGCUACCCUCAAGAACUCCUAGUUCCUGCGUGGAUCACCGACAAAGAGCUGGAGAGCGUGGCAGGUUUCCGAUCUUGGAAACGCAUCCCUGCUGUGGUCUAUAGGCACCAGAGUAAUGGGGCAGUCAUUUCCCGUUGUGGGCAGCCUGAGGUCAGCUGGUGGGGCUGGAGAAACGCCGAUGAUGAACAUCUUGUCCAGUCCGUGGCCAAAGCCUGUGCCUCAGAUUCUAAGUCUAACACCAGUAAGCUAGUAAAUGGAAACUGUUCGAGGGACUUCUCCAAUGGAGGAGACUUCUCUGAUGUGGAAUUUGAUUCCUCCAUCUCCAAUGCUUCAGGAGCAGAAAGUUUAGCCAUCCAGCCGCAGAAGCUUCUGAUCUUAGACGCGCGCUCUUAUACAGCCGCAGUAGCCAACAGGGCCAAAGGGGGAGGCUGUGAAUGCCCAGAGUAUUAUCCAAACUGUGAAGUUGUGUUCAUGGGAAUGGCAAACAUCCAUUCUAUUCGAAAGAGCUUUCAGUCGCUGCGUUUGCUUUGCACACAAAUGCCGGACCCAGGAAACUGGCUGUCGGCUCUGGAAAGCACAAGAUGGCUGCAACAUUUGUCUGUGCUUCUGAAAUCGGCCCUGCUGGUGGUUCAUGCGGUGGACAGAGACCAGCGACCUGUCCUGGUGCAUUGCUCAGAUGGCUGGGACCGAACCCCGCAGAUAGUGGCUCUGGCUAAGUUGCUGCUGGAUCCGUAUUACAGGACCAUAGAGGGUUUCCAGGUGUUAGCGGAGAUGGAGUGGCUGGAUUUUGGCCAUAAGUUUGCUGACCGCUGUGGCCACGGUGAGAAUUCGGAUGACCUGAAUGAACGCUGCCCCGUGUUCUUGCAGUGGCUCGACUGCGUGCAUCAGCUCCAGAGGCAGUUCCCCUGCUCUUUCGAGUUCAACGAAGCAUUCCUUGUCAAGUUGGUGCAGCACACCUACUCUUGCCUCUUUGGUACAUUCCUGUGCAACAAUGCGAAGGAGAGGGGUGAAAAGCACACCCAAGAAAGGACCUGUUCAGUUUGGUCUCUACUUCGAGCAGGAAACAAAGCCUUCAAAAAUCUGCUUUACUCCUCCCAAUCAGAAUCUGUGCUGUAUCCUGUGUGCCACGUGCGAAACUUAAUGCUCUGGAGUGCUGUUUACUUGCCAUGUUCUUCCCCAUCCACUCCUGCGGACGACACCUGUGCUCCUUACCCAGUCCCUGGUUCCAGCCCUGAAGAUCAGCCUCUGGGCAGGCUACCAAAGACAAGGUCGUUCGACAAUCUAACGACGGCCUGCGACAGCAGCGUGCCGACGACCAACCGCCGCAGCAGCGAUCCCAGCCUCAACGAGAAAUGGCAGGAACAUCGCCGCUCCCUGGAGCUCAGCAGCCUCGGGAACCCCGGGGACGACCCCUUUGAGGGGGAAAGCCUGGGCAGGCCAGGCAGGACUCUGGUUGGAGCAGAGCUUUCAGUAGCCGUGGCCGAGGGGCAGAUGGAGAACAUCUUGCAAGAGGCCACCAAGGAGGAAGGAGGCCUGGAGGAGAGUGUGAGGUGUUCUCAGGAAGCAGCAGGUAAAGAAGGGGAAGAGGAGGAGGUUGCCCUGGAUAAGGGAGACCGGACUGAAAGCCUGAGUGGCUCUGCUGAGAAUCUGUACAGAAAGUCCGAGCUGGAUACAGACACCGUACGAGACAAUCCAGUUUCCAACCAAGAGGCGGAUUUACAGGGUGCUUGCCAGCUGCGAGGGCAACAGGAUGAACAUCCGGCUCUCCAGUCCGCUGUCCAGAAGCCAUCUCAGGUGACGGACCUGCGGCCCGGCAUUUUGGACAAUGCUGUAAACAGCAGCAUUCAAAGGGUAGAGGAGGACGGUGUUAGUAGACUUCCUGUAGAAGUCAAAAGCUCCCACAGUACCCCCCAGCCCAGGCCACCGUCGCCCGUCCUGCAUGAGGCAGGGACAUCAAACAUGGAGAGCUCUACUGAAACCUUAACGGAGACCGGAGCCAUUACGGAACUGAUCCAUUGGCUCCAACCCCUGGAUAACAACGCCGACGGACUCUCCCAAAUGGUUGAAAGGAGGCCUGAGCAGGAGGACUCGAUAGAGCUGCACAAGCUGGCCGUGAACCUAAACAGGACUCCUAGGAGCAGCAACCGACCCGACCCAAUGCCUUCACCUUGUGCCUUGCCUUUAGCGGACUAUAAAGAGAUUGUGUGUAACGGGGAGCCGGAGCCGGAGAACAAGGUGGCGGAGAAUCCAGCAGGGUUCGGCGUUCCCCAGAAAUAUCCCACCCCCAACGGACAUUGCGUGAACGGAGAGGAAGGCAGGACAAAGGCUCCCCUCAGCCGGCAGGUCUCCACGGCCAGCUGCAGUUCCGCCCCGUUGCACCUCCGCAGCCUGCACCACAAGUGGGUUCACGCCAUCCCGGGCCGGCAGCAGGCGGCCAACAGCCCGGAUCAGCCUGCCCGGAGUCACCUGGACGACGACGGGAUGCCGAUCUAUGCCGACGUCAUUCAGCAGCGCCUCCGUCAGAUUGAAAGCGGGCACCAGCAGGAGGUGGAGACCUUAAAGAAGCAGGUGCAGGAGCUGAAGAGCCGCUUGGAGAGCCAGUACUUGAACAGCUCGCUGCGUUUCAACGGGGAUUACGGGGACGAAGUAACUUCAAUACCUGACUUGGAAAGCAAUCUGGAUCAGAACUGUUUGUCUCGCUGCAGUACAGAGAUUUUCUCUGAAGCCAGCUGGGAGCAGGUGGAUAAACAGGACACAGAGGUGACCCGGUGGCUUCCAGAUCAUCUGGCUGCACAUUGUUAUGGCUGUGACAGUGUGUUUUGGCUUGUUAGCAGGAAACACCACUGCAGGGACCCUGAACGUGUUGAUCAGACUUGGAAUUGUGGGAAUGUGUUUUGCUCCAGCUGCUGUAACCAGAAGGUCCCGGUCCCCAGCCAGCAGCUCUUCGAACCCAGCCGAGUCUGCAAAUCCUGCUAUAGCAGCUUGCAUCCCAGUAGCUCCAGCCUCGACCUUGAACUGGACAAACCCAUUGCUGCCACUUCAAACUGAGGCUCCAGCCUGGAAGGAAAGCGGAGAAGAGACCAGGCUGCAUCUCUCCCUUAAGCAGACACGCACAUUCUCGGCGGGCUGCAGCUGGUAGGGCAGGAGAAGCCGCUGCCUUUGGAGUCUUUGGAGUGGAGAGCACGGGCGGCCGCUCAGCGGGACGGGAUGCCGGGCUUGUGCCGGUGGAGGCGGAAACCCUUUUCUUCCCAGCUGUUGCUUCCCGUUUCCUUUUUCAUCCUUGUGUAAAUUUUGUGUGGAUUUUGCUGGAAGACUGUGAAAAGUGGG